AUGUCGCAAGUCUGCGAUUUCAAGCUCCCGGGCGCCACUUCCGGCGACGCCCCCGCCGUCGAGUCGCACUCGCACUCGCACGCCGAGCCCACGGCCGGCCACUCGCACAGCCAUGCGCAGGAGCACGGGCACACGCACGAGCAGAUGGAGCACGCGGGCAAGUUUGCCGAGCGCGACCUGCCCAACUACGAGGGGCGCAACUGGAAUGAGCGGGCAUUCACUGUGGGCAUCGGCGGCCCAGUCGGAUCGGGAAAGACGGCUCUGCUGCUCGCGCUGUGUCGCGCCCUGCGUGACCGCUUCAACCUGGGCGUCGUGACCAACGACAUCUUCACUCGUGAGGACCAAGAGUUCCUGCACCGCAACUCUGCCCUCUCGCCCGUCGAUCGCAUCCGCGCCAUCGAGACGGGCGGCUGUCCGCACGCCGCGAUCCGCGAGGACAUCUCGGCCAACCUGGGCGCCCUGGAGGCGCUGCAGGCGCAGUACGAGACGCAGCUGCUCUUCGUCGAGAGCGGCGGCGACAAUCUGGCGGCGGCAUACAGCGCUGAACUGGCCGACUUUCACGUCUAUGUCAUUGACGUGGCCGGUGGUGACAAGGUGCCGCGCAAGGGCGGUCCAGGCAUCUCCCAAUCCGACCUGCUCGUCAUCAACAAGACGGACAUUGCGCAGUACGUCGGUGCCUCGCUGGAGGUGAUGCGUCGCGAUGCGGCCAAGAUGCGCGACGGCGGACCCACGGUCUUCACAUCGGUCAAGCACAACGACGGCGUCGACGCAGUCAUCGACCUCAUUCUCGCUGCACGCGCCGCUGCGCCGGGAGCUGACAAGGCGGGCAAGCCGCUGGAGGCUUGAAGAAUCUCGUAAAUGUCACCUUGUUGUGCU